CUGAAAGGUAAAGUACCAGGGAGAGGUUCGUAUCGUACCCAAAGAGAGAGGCUGAUCCGACUUCCAAAAUGGCCGAGGAUCCCGUAGCGUUGCCCUCCACCCCCAACCCUUCUUCUUCUUCCCCUAAUUUGCCCCACGAAACUCUCCCUAAAUCACAGGCUCCGGCAGUCUCCUCCGGGCUACCAUCGUAUUGGAAUGGUGAUCUUCAGUUUUUUCCAAUCAUGUAUCCGGCUCUUAUUCCGGGGUUGCAGGAUCAGGAACAGAUGAACCGUGGAGCAGGCCUUUAUGCUGUUCCAGUUCACCCGUUUACGGGACCAGUUAGUGGGUUUUCGUCUAGUACACUGAUUCCGCUGACCUACAAUGUGCCCACAACUAGAGCAACCCUGGAUGUCAGCACUGGUGGAGAGCAGCAAGGCCAGGAAGGACAGCAGCAGCCACAGCAACCCCGUCAGCAGCAACAUCCUGGAGCUCCGAGACGGGUAAUUGUAAGGAGAUUUCAAAUCCAGUUUCGGCUGGAUCCGAUUCUGAUCCUGAAGCUGAUAGCUUUAUUGCUUUUGUUCAAUCAAGAUGGAUCUAGACAAAAGAUGGUCAUCCUUAUGAUUUGCGCCACAAUUGUUUAUCUAUAUAAAACGGGCUCACUGACACCAUUGAUAGAAUGGCUCUCUCGCGCAAUGGAUAGGGCAGCUGUGCCUCCCCAACCACCAAGACCUGCAGCCAGGGCUGAAAAUGUUCCUGCUGCUGCAAGGCCGGGAAAUGAUAAUGCUGCUUUGCCAGAUGGACAACCAGGAGUCGAGAAUGAAAAUCAGCCUGCAGAGGCAAAUGAGAAUGCACCGGAACCAGGAGCCAAUGGUGGUAACCGCUGGUGGGGAAUUGUUAAGGAGAUUCAAAUGAUUGUUUUUGGCUUCAUCACUUCACUCCUCCCGGGUUUUCAUGAUAUAGAAUAGAUUAUAGCCAGGGAAAGUUGCAUGCCUUUUUACCCACAUGAAAGUGUGUCCUUCUAUCUUUAUGCACCUCCUCUUCCUUUUGGUGUUCAUUAAAACCAAAGAGGUGCAAGUUAUAGCCCCAAUUUAGCUUAUCAUUAACUUCCGGGAAACCAAUGUAUGUAUGAGCACUGCAACACCAUCGACUUAAAAUAUGUUAUGUUUUGCAAUGCUGG